AUGGCUGUGGUGGCGGUGCUGUCUCUCUGGGUGCUUACGAGUCUCACCUGGGCCAGCGUGCUCCAGGUGUCAGCCAACAGACACUCGGUCUACUGGAACAGCUCCAACAUACAUUUGCGCAGGGAGGGCUACACAAUGCAGGUGAACGUCAACGACUACCUGGACAUCUACUGCCCUCAUUAUAACGACAGCCAGCGCAUGGUCGGCACCGGAGAGCAGUACGUCCUCUACAUGGUCAGUUACCGUGGCUACAGGAACUGCGACCCCCAGCUGGGCUUCAAGAGGUGGGAGUGCAACCGGCCUCACGCCCCACACGCCCCCAUCAAGUUUUCGGAGAAGUUCCAGCGCUACAGCGCCUUCUCGCUGGGCUACGAGUUCCACGUGGGACAGGAGUACUAUUACAUCUCCACGCCCACUCAUCACCACGGCCGCAGCUGCCUGAGACUACGAGUGUACGUCUGCUGCUCCACGGCCUCUGACGUGGACGAUGAGCCAGAGCCCACAGAACCAGACUACACGCUUAGACCAGGCCUAAAAAUUGAUGAUAUUGAUGAAUUUAACCCGUUCGUUCCCAAGCUGGAGAAGAGCGUCAGUGGAAGCAGUCCGUCCAGGGAUCGCCUUCUCCUCACCGUGACGACGCUCCUCCUGGCCAUCCUCUUCAUCUCCUAGCAACGGCCAUCCCAUCAGCGUCACCAU